UUCCAUGUCGCCCACGGUCGCCGGUAUUCACCUAUUUCAACUGCGCUGAAGGCUUGAGAGGAGACCACAGACUUCUGUGGAGGAGACUGCCGGGUGGAGAUUCAUUGUAGAAGCUGGUGACUGUAAUAUUGCGCUGAACGUCUUUCAGUCCGCGUGGAAUUCUCCAAGUUCAACAUGCCUUCCUACAAGCUGACUUAUUUCCCCGUCACUGCAUUGGCCGAGCCAAUUCGAUUUCUGCUAAGCUAUGCCGACAUAGAAUUCGAGGACGAGCGUUUCGACAAGAACGAUUGGCCGAAACUUAAACCGACUAUGCCAUUCGGCAAAGUACCCGUGCUUGCAGUAGACGGGAAGAAGAUCGAUCAGUCCGUAGCUAUUUGCCGUUAUUUGGCGAAGCAAUGCAGUCUUGCUGGCAAGAACGAUUGGGAAUCUCUUGAAAUCGAUUCGACCGUCGACACCAUACACGAUUUACGCACCAAUAUUGCUGGUUUCCACUAUGAAAGUAACGAACAGGCUAAAGAGACGAAACUUAAAACUGCUAAAGAAACAACGGUGCCGUAUUACUUGGAGCGUUUGGACGCUCAGGUGAAGAAGAACGGCGGUUACUUCGUUGGCGGUGCUCUGUCGUGGGCCGAUCUCUCUUUCGUCGGUCUUUUGGACUAUUUGAACUUCAUGAUGGAUGAGGACAUCAUCGAGAAGUAUGAGAAUCUGAAACAACUACAAAAGAAGGUCGAAGAAGUACCGGCCAUCAAGAAAUGGAUCGCGAAGCGUCCGCCACCUAUGUAUCCGAAUUAAUGCGAAUUGCAUAAAAUGAUGAUUGAGUUUUCGACAGAAUCGAUUAUUCGUUGGCGGUGAUUUGAAUAAAAUAACGAGUUUUUUUUCUUUGUGAAGUAAUUUCUAUUUACGCCAGGCUAUAUAUUAGAUUCGAGAACUACACAUUGAAGUUGCAAUUAUAUAUUUUAUCACUCGUUGUAGACUUCUUACUCCUAUUGUCAAACGACAAAUAUAAGACUGUAACUGAAACUCGAACAAACUCCAUAUGUAUCUCAAUAAAUCAAUACUUUUACAAUU